GGCCGCCCGCCGAUGAAGUCGGAACUCGCUCUUGCCGAGGAGGACGGCAAGGGACUGGGCAUUCCCACCGAAGACGUGAACUUGCCAAAAUUCCCGGACUCAGAGGCGCGCCUAAACCGCCUGCCGCUCAAAUAUCUUCGAGAGCUCAUCGUCGACGCGUGCGUCGCGGGCAAGCCGCCGACAGAGGCCGAUAUUGAGGCCGUGUUGCGGCGCCACAUCGCCGAGCAGCAGGCCCAGACGACGUGCUGC